CAAAGAUAUAAACAACAUACAUUAACAUUAACAAUGAUCAUGAAGAUCAGUUUCUUAUUAGCAUUCUCAAUUUACAUUUGUGUUUGCAGGGCAAAAGACACUGAUAAUCUCUAUGAUAUUUGUCCUACCGACACAACGCGUAAGAACAUCUUCAUAAAUGGCUAUCCAUGCAAGAAUCCAGCAGAAAUUACUGCUUCUGAUUUCAAAAGCUCUGUUUUGAGCAAGGAAGGUGACACAGAUAACUUUCAACGUUCAUCGACAACAUUAGUUACUGCUGCAGAAUUUGCAGGACUCAACACUCUCGGGUUAUCUGCGGCCAGGACUGAUCUGGAUAUUGAUGGCGUGGUAAUGCCACAUGCUCAUCCACGAGCUUCUGAGAUGAUGUUUGUUGGCAAAGGAGUUGUGAUUGCUGGAUUUAUCGACACUAAAAGCCAAGUGUUCCAAAAGACUCUUAAACAAGGCGAUGUGUUUAUUAUCCCUAGAGGACUUCUACAUUUCAACUUGAAUUCAGGGUUUGAAUUGGCCACUGUGUACUCAGUGCUAAGCAGCCAGAAUCCUGGUUUGUUGAGUAUAUCAGAUGCAAUGUUUGCACCAGUUGUUUCGGAACCCAUGAAUGACCUGGUGAAGAAGCUAUUUUCACGUUCAACACUGGGGACGAACCAUACAUUGUUUCAUUAAUUGGCUUCAUAACAUUGAGCGUUUUCGUCUCCAAUAUAAUUUGUACCAAAUAUUUAUGACAGUCAUCGCGAAAUUUAUACGUUCUGUACUGUAUGACUACUGAAUAUUAACUUCUAUUGAACUUUCAAUUGUUUCAUCA